AGCUUGGGGUUGGGGAGGAGACCAGAGGAGUAUGUUGGCUGAGAGUUCAGGGAGGUGGGACAGCUGCGACUGGUGGCACAGCUAAGAAAGUGGUUCAAUAACGAGGCGGAGCAACAGGCACGGAGCACGGAGGCAAGGGCCUAAGUGGUGGUCGAAGGAGCUGCUUUCUGCAGAGCCCGGCAUGGGUUUCCUGACUGCAGUGACUCAAGGCCUGGUGCGGGGAGCAGACAGGAUGAGCAAGUGGACAAGCAAGCGGGGACCACGCACCUUCAUCAAGAGCCGGGGUGCCAAGAGAACAGGCAUCUAUACCUCCGAUAGGAAGUUUGUGCAGAUAAAGGAAAUGGUCCCAGAAUUUGUUGUCCCGGACUUAACCGGCUUCAAGCUCAAGCCCUAUGUUAAUUACCGAGUUCCGGCAGGCAUAGACACACCCCUGACUGCCAAAGCUCUCUUCCUGGAAGCAGUUGCACCUGCUAUUGAAAAAGACUUUAAAGAAGGGACUUUUGAUGCUAACAACCUGGAGAAAUAUGGGUUCGAGCCCACACAGGAAGGCAAGCUGUUCCAGUUGUAUCCUAAGAAUUUCCCACGCUAAAAAACAAUGGCCAAAGGUUUGCCUACAAAGUGGAGACAUUACUGACCAAACCUUGGAUUCUGGGUGUCUCAAAGAGUAGGGGCAGCUUCUUUGUACAUUUCUAUUAAACACCUUUAGUAUCUAG